GCGAGCGAUGGCGUUACUCAGGUUCCAGCUUCCCCUAACUUGGCUCACCCUCGCUUACAUUACGUGCACACUUGUGUCGAAAGCCCAGCCAGUAGAUGAAUCGGGAGACAGAAGAAAAUGUGAAAGAGCCUUUCCCUCGUCAACGCCGACCUUCACCUUCAAGUGCACGUAUAAAUGCAAAGGUUGGAACUUCCGCUUUGAAAAUGAACCUGAUGGUAUUCCUUGUGGGGUCUUUGCAAUCAUUCGAAGAACAGGUGUUUGCAGAGGUGGAAAAUGUGUAAGCGUUGACGAUUUCAGAAAAGCAUCACAUGGCGCUGUUCAAUUAUAUUCGACAACAGUGAGCACGGAACAGACGUUUCCUACGGUCGCACGUGUAGCGUCUGCUAGUAAUAUUACAUCUGACGUACCUUCUACCGUAGAUAUGGUUAAUACAGCUCGUAUUACAAAAACGGUUGAGGAACUAGUAACCAAACUGGCAGCCGUAAAUUCAGCAUUACUUGGAGCCGAGCAACGCACCACUUCAAUAUCCCACACUGAGGAGUGGAGAACGACAAUAAACGAAGGAUUAACCAACGACGAUAUCAAUAGAUCGCCGAAUGACGCAAAUGCAGAAUCUUCAACGCUAGCUUCUGCAGAACACUGGGCUCCGACAGCUUCACCUUCAACACCUCGAGUUAAUGCCACAUCUGAAGUACUUUCUACCGAAGAUACGGUUACUACAGCUCGUGUUACAAAAAAGGUUGAGGAACUCGUAACCAAACUGGCAACCGUAAAUUCAGCAUUACUUGGAGCCGAGCUGCGCACCAGUUCAAUACCCCACACUGAGGAGCCGACAACGACAAUAAACAAAGGAUUAACCAACGACGAUGUCAAUAGAUCGCCGAAAGACACAAGUGAAGAAUCUUCAACGCUAGCUUCUGCAGAACACUGGGCUCCGACAGCUUCACCUUCAACACCUCGAGUUAAUGCCACAUCUGAAGUACUUUCUACCGAAGAUACGGUUACUACAGCUCGUGUUACAAAAAAUGUUGAGGAACUCGUAACCAAACUGGCAACCGUAAAUUCAGCAUUACUUGGAGCCGAGCAACGCACCACUUCAAUAUCCCACACUGAGGAGCCGACAACGACAAUAAACCAAGGAUUAACCAAUGACGAUGUCAAUAGAUCGCCGAAUGACACAAGUGAAGAAUCUUCAACGCUAGCUUCUGCAGAUCACUGGGCUGCGACAGCUUCACCAUCGACACCUCGAGUGAAUGCCACAUCUGAAGUACUUUCUACCGAAGACACGGUUACUACAGCCAAGCUUACAACGGGAAACGAAGAAGUGGUGACUGAACUGUCAACCACAAGUGCAUCUAUACUCGAUAAUGAGUACCAAACCACUCAAGUACCCAGCAACGAGAAGACAACGACUGGAAAGAUAGGAUUACUUAGCGACUACGCAGCCCCCACUCAAGGACGCAUUGAUGGUGAGCUCACGAGCGCCGCCACACAGCCGGGCACCUUAACCCAAGACCCCACCGAAGAAAGUCCAACGAAACCGGAGACGAUUUUGCCUUCCUCGAUUACUAUCAGUGGAUCACACAUCCCUAUCCUUUAUGGCGGCAUACAAAGUACGAUUUUCCUUUGUUCACUGGUGUGCUACGCACGGAGGAACUUGUUAUGAAAUUCAUUGCGCAACUUCUCAAUAAAUGGUGAUAAAAGUUCGAAUUUCCUCAAA